AUGCGCCUUCCUUCUCCUCCUCCGACGUGCCAUCGACUUCUCGUUAUUAUUUUUUUUUUUUUGGAGGUUCUCGUUAUUAAUUACUAUAAAUUAAAGUCAUCGCAUUUUUCAAUUUGUUUCAUGUAACUAAGCUCUCAAUUCUUCAAACCAGACCUUGAAUACCGCGAGAAAAUGCAAUACCCUCUCACCCGCCGCCACCCACGCACGCCAACUCCGCAAUCGCCUUGCCUGGUUCGAAGCAGAAGUGGAGCUGAAAAUAGUUCAACCUCGAUGAACACUAGCCAAAGAUUCAGUAGCCGCUCAAAAUCUACCACGAGGUCCAGAAACAUCCCCAUCGAGGAGAACAUAAACCUCUCAUCCACUAUGCACAAGAAGUAUGCUAAUCAAGACAAUUGCAGCAGAGAUGGUUUUGUUAGGUUCUUGCAGCGUGGCAGCCCCCGUGAUUCCCCAGCAACUAAGAGACCAAACUCCGCAUCAAGGUCUUCUUCAGCUUGGGCUUUAUCGCCGGGAAGGUCUCUGUUUAAUAUGUUUCCACCAGAGUUGCCAGCUGUAACCAGUGGAGAGAGAGAGAAAACUAAAGGUGGAGCUGGGGCAGUGAGCGGCGUUUUGAAGUAUUUUAGGCAAAAGAAAGUGUCUCCAGUACAGGAAGAGGAGUAUCACAGGUUUAGAGUUUUGCAUAAUAGGCUAUUGCAGUGGAGGUUUGCCAAUGCUAGGGCUGAGGCUGCUAUGGCUUCUACGAGAAUAGUUGCAGAAGAUAGAUUGUUUCAUGUCUGGCUGAGAAUCUUCAGGGUAAGAAACAUCACAAUGGAAAAGAGAAUUCAAAUUCAAAAAAUGAAACACCAGAUGAAAUUAUAUCAAAUUAUUCACCCACAAAUGAGUCUGCUCAAUGAAUGGGCAAAAAUGGAGAGAAAAAACUGUGAAGCCGUGAGCAGGCUGACAAGAAAACUUUCAGCAUUGUCUGUCAAACUCCCUUUAGCUGAAGAGGUUAAGGGAGAUGUGGAAUCCAUCAACACAGUCAUGAGCGAAGCAGCGGAAGUCAUGGAUAGUAUAGAAGCCACAAUUACCAAAUUUACCUCACAGGUCGAAAAAAUUCUUUAUCUGAUUACAGAGCUUACGAGCACAUUUGAACAUCAAAAUGAGAGCUUGAGGGAUAUGGAGAGGACAGUCGUGCUGGUGGCUGAACUACUGGCAUGGGAGAGUAGCAUGAGAGUAGAGGGCAUGCAAAUGGUCAAGGAAUCAAGAACCCAACAUGGUCUCUGAAAGAUAUGGCUCCUUUUGUAGUCUGUAAAAUGAAAUCAAUACCGAGAUACAAAAAUCCCCACUAGAAUUUGUACAGAUUUUUCUUAUGUAUUCCUUUACUCUUUUUUUAGUAAAACUACAAAAAAUAAUAAUAAGUCAUUUCUAUUCCUUUUUAGAUAUUUUUGUAAUAAAAAAUCAGGUAGAUGGGUCAGCCACAACCCGAGUCCGGCAAGGCUGGGUCCGUAAGCGCAGGAUCUUGACUGAUGCGUAAUAUCAGCGGGCCCUUGCAGUUGGGCCACCCUGCCUGCCAACCCGAAAUCCAAUCUGGAGAGAAGUCAGAUCAGGGCUUCAAUUGCUAAAGGAAUUAUUGAAGCUGAAUAAUUAUUUGGCGACUUGUUGUUAACACAUUUUAGUUUUCUCUUCAUGUUUAAUUGUCUAAUAUAAAAUUUUGAGAAACCCUGAGGUGUUCUACUUGCUGUUUCAAUUCUUGAACGUUCAAGAUCCAGAUAGAUUACAAAAAGAACGAAAG